AUCCGCACGAAACAGUAUAAAAGUGAAAAACAGGAGUCUAAACAAAAGUAAAGUAGUUGGAUUGGUAGAGAGUAUAAGAAGAAGGGAAGAUAGAAUGAUGGAAGUGAAAAGUGAAGAGAAGGAUGAAUCAAAUGAAAGAUUGUGGAGUUGGGGUGCUGGAACAGAUGGUCAAUUAGGAAAUGGUCAACUUCAGGAUGAACAAAUCCCUCAACAACUCUCUCUUUCCUCACACUCACAUAUCUCCUCACUUGCCUGUGGCGCCGCUCAUGUCAUCGCCCUAACAUCAGGUGGGAAAGUAUUGUCAUGGGGCAGGGGCAAUAGUGGUCAACUAGGCCAUGGAGAGGUUGUGAGUAACAUGUUGUAUCCCAAGGCUGUAACAUCUUUGGACGAACAUUUCAUAACACAUGUCUCUGCUGGAUGGAGCCACUCAGGUUUUGUUUCAGAUACUGGGUCCCUGUUCACUUGUGGGGAUGGCUCCUUUGGUCAACUUGGGCAUGGGGAUUAUGCUUCACACAGUUCACCAAUCAAAGUGUCAUUCUUUGUUGAUCAACAGGUUGCAGGGGUUGCAUGUGGAAUGCGCCAUUCUCUUGUCUUGUUGAAAGGUUGUCUUUUGAAUCAAGUUUAUGGAUUUGGCUCUGGGAAGCGUGGUCAACUGGGUGUCUCCAAAGAUAGAAUCAAAUCUAUUAAUCUUCCUAAAGUUAUCAGUGGCUUUGAAGAUGUGGAAAUAGUUGGAAUUGCUGCAAAUGGAGAUCAUAGUGCUGCAUUAUCUGUUGAUGGACAUCUUUUUACCUGGGGAAGAGGCUUCAAGGGCUUUGAAGAUUCUCACAUUCCACAAAGUUUAAACUCUACGUUGAAAUUUACUAAAGCCACUCUAGGAUGGAACCACGGUUUAGCUAUGACUGGUGAAGGGGAGGUUUAUAUGCUCGGUGGCAACCACCUUGGAGUGCUUAGUGAUCUUCACAGUGUAUGUCAAGCUAAUCAGUUAACUGUAGAUUCAAGAGAAGCCAAUUUGGAGAAAGUUCCUGGUCUUGAUGGGACGAAGGUUACUGAUAUUGCUACUGGAGCUGAGCAUUCUGUCCUUGUCACAGACAAUGGAGAAAUCAAGACAUGGGGUUGGGGUGAGCAUGGUCAACUAGGGUUAGGGGAUGCUGAUGAUCGAACCAGUCCUGUUACAGUAAGAGUUGGUUAUGAUUUAGAUGAAGCUGCAUCAACCCGAGUCUAUUGCGGAAGUGGCUUCACAUUUGCUUUAACCAAGUUCUAAUUUCUCCUCAAACUUAUGCAUCUGGAAAAAUCACUAAAUUUGUGCGGUCAAAAUAUGUGCUUCCAGAUAAUUUGUCCGGUCUAGAUACGCAUUUUGGAAAAUGUAGAGGGUUUUGAGUAGUGGGUAGAACGUGGCUGAGUAAUACAUUUCAAGAAAGUAUUUUGCACUCGUGGUGUUUGGGUUCAGGCUGCAUUACACUUGGAAGCCAGAAUCCUCUAGCUCCUCGGAGUUGGGAACUAGGAAGCAAAAGGAUCUCUGAUAUGGGUAGGGGCACCUCAAAGAAAUAGAGAGCUCAAUUUACUAUACUUUAUGGUGUAUAAAGACACUGAUCUCUGUGGAAGCCGGUUUAACAAAUUCUAGUUUGAGCUAAUACACGGCUGAGAUUCUCCUCUAGACUACAAUUGUAAAUUUAUAUGUUGGUGGUAACUCAUUUUCCUUUUA